AUGCCGCGUCUCUCCGUCGCGCGCGCGGGCGCGACGCGCGAACGUGUCUCGUGUAAUGACGUUCGUCGUCGUCGGAGCGCGUCGAGGGCGUCGAGCGCGCCGCGAGCGUGCGGUGGAGCGACGCUGAAGAACGAUUCGGGUUCAAACAGCUUUCGACGCGCUCGGGCGGCGCGUUCUACGCGCGCGCGCGCGUUCGCGCGGGGAACGCGCGAGAGUGAGCGCGUCUCAGUCGUCGCGCGCGCCGCGGGCGAUGGGAGCGGGAAAUCGGCGAAGGAGGGGAAGCCGCCGAUGGCGCAGCGGGCGCUGAGCAAGUUUUUGGAGCUCCCGGCGGUACCGAUCGGGUCGUUCGUGAGCUCCCCGACCUCACCGCUGCACAGGAUGGACGCAAGGGUGAAGCAGGCGUGGUUGGGAGCGCUCUUGGUACUGCCAGCGAGCGGGAGCUCGGAGGAUAAGUUGUUCACGUGCUCCGUGGUGGCGGCGGUUACGGUGGCGGCGCUGCCGAGACGGGUGUGGCGACCGCAGUUACAGUCCUUGAUCACGGUGUGCGCGGUGUUCUUUGUCGCCGUGGCGUUGGGGGCGGAUUCAGUCGCGCCCGUGGUCUCCGCGCGCGAGCCGCCGGCGAGUUUGGAGGGAUUGGAGGGCUUACCAGAGCUCGCAAGCUCGUACAAGUACGUGUUGUUUCACCUCGGUCCGCUGCAGUUGACGAGGAAGGGGAUCAACUUGGCGGUGACGUCGUCGGCGCUCACAUUUACGGUGUUACAAAGCGCGCACUUGGCGCUGUGCGUGACCACGCCCGAGGCCAUGGCUGCCGGUUUGCGGUGGUACCUGACGCCACUUCGCGCGCUUCGCGUUCCUGUGGAGGAGUUGAUUUUCACCCUGUUACUGUCGCUUCGAUUCACCUCGAUCGUGUUCGAAGAGGUGCGAAACCUGAGUUUAGGUCUCGCCGCGCGCAACAUCGAUUGGAGAUCGCUCGGUUGGCGAGGAAGCGUGGAUAUGAGCGGAAGACUGCUGAGUCGAUUGUUGGACUCGCUCUUCGCAAACUCCGCGGCAAUAAGCGACGCAGUGACGGCGCGCGGGUACAAGGACGCCGCAAGCCAUCGACUGAUUCUGAGCGAUCGCAAGGGUCCAGGUCUGGUGGAGAACGUCCUCGGUAUCGCCGGUCUCGUUGCUUUCGUUGGACAUUUCAACGAGGAGUUGGUUGUCUGGGGCUUCGACGCGUUGUCGUUGAACAGUAGACAGGGCUAA